AUGAAAUACCUAAAAGUUGAAAAUUUUUUUCCCAAGGCCAAGCAAGAUGAGGGGGGGAAGAACGUGCUGCUGAUAACCGUAAAUUUGCUCCUGCUGUUUUCCAUGUUCCUGUAUGGCAUAAACUACAUACUGAUGAAAUAUUUUAUUAUGAUAAAGGGGUCCAUAUACGUGUUCAUAAUUCUGAGGACAGUGUUAACCAUCCCAUUGAUGAUUUAUAUGUACAAGUCGAAGGAGUCAGAACCGAACAAAAAAAAAUUACUGCAUGGUGUAAAUGAGGAAGAUGGUGUGAGUGAGCAGGAUGACCAGAUUGACUUGGAGUUGUCAAAAAUUGCAGAAGAAAAUGAAAAAAAAAAAAAAAAAAAAUUCCAAAGUAAGGAUGGGAAAAUAGACGAUAACGAGGAAAACGCAGAUGGAAAAAAUAACGAUACUGGUACUGACGAAUGCAGCAGUAACAAGCAGGGAAUAUGUGUUAAUAUAAAAAAUAAAUUUUCAAAUUAUUUUAGUAGAUUACUAAAAAAUGAUGAAAAGCUAAUUCCAAAGGUAGCCUACAUGCCCAUACUUAUCCUAUCCGUUACGGGAGCUUUGAGACAGGUCAUUGUGAUAAUCGCCUUACAGUAUACCGACUCUCACAACGUGGCUAUUAUUCAACCGACAAUACCCAUUUUUACGGCCCUAAUGUCUUAUUAUAUGAAGAUUGAAAAGAUGAAUUAUAUAACAUGCUUUUCUAUUUUUUUGUCUUUCUUUGGGUUGGCGAUAACUGCGGAAGUGUGGAAUAUGGGUUCCUUCGAUUUUGGCUUCCUCCUAUUACUAACCGUGCCUGUGACAAAGGGGCUGCAAGUGAUAUAUAUAAAUAUUGCCACUAGAUACGUAAGUAAUGAUAUUAUUCAAUUUUCCCAAAUGGCUGUUUUGUUCUUGAUAACCCUUCCAUUUGGAAUUCUAGGAGAAAUGUUCAUUAAUGAAAAUUACAAUGUGAUUGGCGAGAUAUACAAUGUGACGACUAAUCAGUUUCUGUGCAUUUUAUAUUCUACCCUUGGAAUUAUUUUUCUGUGUUGGAAAAUUCAAAUCAUCGCUUUGAAUUACCUCACCCCCGUAACCGUUUCGCUGUACCAAUCCUUUCAGCCGUGUUUUACCUUCGUUCUAGCCAGGCUCUUUCUUAAGGAGACCAUCAAUUAUAAUAAGUACAUUGGCACCAUCUUUAUUGUCUUGUCCCUGUUGCUUUAUCAAUACGGUUGUACCAAGCGCCCCAAGGUGUAG